UCGGCCCGCCCCCCCCGGCGUGAGCAUGGCCGGGUUCGCCGACCUGAACCUCCCGCAGGGGCCCGACAAGAAGUCCCUGCAGAGCCUGCUGGAGGCGGCGGCGCACCUGGGAUAUUCUGCAGUUGCUCUUAAUCAUGUCAUCGAUUUAAAAGAAAAGAAACAGGAAAUCAUCAAGCCAGUAUCUCCUUCAGAGCUGUUUCCAUGUUUGCCUAUUGUACAAGGGACAUCUAAAAGAAUUAAAGUCUUAACCCGGCUAACACUUGUUGUUUCUGAUCCUUCCCACUGCAAUCUCUUGAGAUCAACAUCUGCAAAUAUAAGGUUAUAUGACAUCAUAGCAGUAUUUCCAAAGAGUGAAAAGCUGUUUCAUAUUGCUUGCACAACUCUAGAUGUGGAUCUGGUAUGCAUAAAUGUAACAGAAAAGCUGCCAUUCUACUUCCGAAGGCCCCCUGUGAAUAUGGCAAUAGAUCGAGGCAUUUACUUUGAACUUCUUUACACACCUGCCAUCAAAGACUCCACGAUGAGAAGAUACACAAUUUCCAACGCGAUCAGCCUGAUGCAGAUCUGCAAAGGAAAGAACAUAGUUAUAUCUAGUGCAGCUGAAAGGCCUCUAGAACUACGAGGUCCUUAUGACGUGGCUAAUCUAGGUUUGCUGUUUGGCCUGUCGGAAAGCGAAGCGAAGGCAGCUGUGUCCACCAACUGCAGAGCCACCAUGCUUCAUGGAGAAACUCGGAAGACUGCCUGUGGGGUGGUGUACACGGUGAAGAAGCCUCGCAAGGUUGAGGAGGAAGAAACAACGGUGCCAGCCUGCAAAAAAGCUAAGACUCAAGCUUGAGGAGAGAAACAACUGUGAACAGGAGCCUCUUCUUUACCCAGUGUUGAGUCUUCUUCCACCCUCCAACCCAGUUUCUCCCUUACUGCUUUGUUUAGCCUGGAGAAGAAUUAUUUCUCUGGUGUUCAAGUGAAGAAACCUGUGUGAAUGAGACUGCUGAUUGGUAGGUCAUCACAUCUGAAAGGUCAUGCUGGGCUUCUGGCCAGGAGACUGACACUUCACCUGGCCUUAGGUCUCCUGGAAUUAGUGCAAAGUCAAUGGAAUGUUUCUAAUGUGGAAAUUUUCACUUGUACGUGUGCAUUCCUUUUUUAUUAAAAGUGUUUCUAAGAACA